AUGGGCAGCGGGCUCCUUGUCCUCACUUCAGUCUUGGUCACAGAGGAGGACGCUGUCCUCAUCACUGUGGACCGGUCUGCGUCCUCCGCGUCUAGUGAAGACAGCCAGGCAGCCUCGGAGGAGGACAGCAUCCCGCUGAUAGACGUUCACAGCUGGGCGAACCGGACCUGGCCCGCCGCGCCCAAUGCCAACCACUCUUCCGGGGUCCUUACAUCGACCCUUGACCUCAGCCCCUCCCUCCUGUCGGCCUCCCCGGGGCCUGCUCCUAGAUCCCAGCAGACUGAAGUCUGGGGGCCCUGGGACUAUGUCUUGGUGGCUAACCUUAACCAGAAUCCCAAACAGUGUCGUCGUCAGCAGCAGUUCCUGGAGGAGUUACAGAGAAAGGGCUUUCAGUAUAAGGAGAUGCAGGACCAGCACAAGAAGUACUUUGGGGUCCGAGCCAAGACUGAACUCUUCCUCCAGUACUGCAGACUUCUCAUGGAACCCGAGGGGCCUGCGCCCGAGGCCCUGUCACUUGAUGAGGACCCCACCCUAGACACUACACGAAUCCGCAUCAUCAACACCUUCAUCCAGAACACCAGAACAGAAGACAGGGAGAAAUUCGAGGACUUAAAGAAGGACAAGGUCUUUGAAACCGGCUUUUUCCUGCACUCGUUGAUGGCUGAGCCCCAGGAGGUGCCUGGGGUGAAACCAGAAGGAACUGAUAAGAAACUGAGGGAAUGGGCACAGUGGAGAAAUAUGUUCUGUAAGCAGCCGAUUGAUGAUAUCAGGAACUAUUUUGGCGAGAAGGUGGCGCUGUACUUCGCCUGGCUUGGCUGGUAUACCUGUAUGCUGAUGAUUGCAGCUGCAGUGGGCCUCCUGAUUUUCCUGAGCGGCUUUGCCCACUUUAAUGCCAGUCAAAUCAGCAAGGAGAUCUGUGAGGCCCACGACAUCUUCUUGUGUCCUCGAGGAGACAACAAACAGAGCCAGCGGCUUUCAGACACCUGCACCUAUGCCAAGCUCACGCACCUCUUCGACAACGAGGGCACGGUGGUGUUUGCCAUCUUCAUGGCUUUGUGGGCCACUGUGUUCCUGGAGGUCUGGAAACGGAAGCGCUCCCAUGUGGUCCAAAACUGGCACCUGUGUGGCUGGGAUGAGGAUGAGGAGGAGAUGAUGCUGGAACUGAUGAACUACCCCCAGUACCAGCCCAAGUGGCAUGAACAUUCGUACCUGCGCAGCGCAAUCAUCCUCCUUCUGUCUCUGUUCAUGAUCUGCCUCAUGAUUGGCAUGGCCCACGUCCUGGUGGUCUACCGUGUCCUAGCAGCUGCCCUCUUCAAGUCCUGGGUCUUGUCCUUCAUGGAGCACCAGGUGACCACGGUUGUGGUGGUCUCGGGGGCCCUCGUGCAUUACGUGACCAUAGUGAUCAUGACCAAGAUCAACAGGCGGGUGGCUCUGAUGCUGUGUGACUACGAGAAGCCUCGGACCUUCUCAGAGCGAGAGAGCAAGUUCACUGUCAAGUUCUUCACGCUCCAGUUUUUCGCUCAUUUCUCCUCCCUCUUCUACGUCGCCUUCAUCCUGGGCAGGAUCAAUGGUCACCCUGGGAAGUCUGUACGUCUCGCGGGCUUGUGGAAGCUAGAGGAGUGUCACCUCAGUGGCUGUAUGAUGGACCUCUUCGUGCAGAUGGCCAUCAUCAUGGGUCUGAAACAAACCCUGAGCAACUGUGCGGAGUACCUGAGCCCGUGGCUGUCCAACAAGUGUCGCAGGUUCAAGUACGGCCGAGCCUCCCAAGACCCUGAGCUGAGGGGCUGGCAGCACAACUACCUCCUGGGCCCCGUCACCGUCUUCAGUCUGUUCGAUGAGUUCAUGGAGAUGAUGAUGCAGUAUGGUUUCACCACCAUCUUCGUGGCUGCCUUCCCGCUCGCCCCGCUGCUGGCGCUCUUCAGUAACCUCGUGGAAAUCCGCCUAGACGCCAUCAAGAUGGUACGACUUCAGCAGCGCCUGGUACCACGCAAGGCCAAGGACAUAGGGACAUGGCUGCAGGUGCUGGAGACUAUCGGCGUGCUGGCGGUCAUUACCAAUGGACUGGUCAUUGCCUUCACAUCCGAGUUCAUCCCCAGAGUGGUCUACAAGUACUACUAUGGCCCGUGCCGGGGGGGAGCCCGGCCUGCAGUCGACUGCCUCACUGGUUACGUCAACCACAGCCUGUCUGUGUUCUACACCAAGGACUUCGAGAACGACAAUGACCAACAGGGCUGGGAGACAGUGACCGAGUGCAGGUACCGGGACUACCGAAACGCUGACGACUACAACCUCUCCCAGCAUUUCUGGGUCCUCCUGGCCAUCCGCCUGGUCUUCCUCAUCCUCUUUGAGCAUGUGGCCUUGUGCAUCAAGCUUAUUGCGGCCUGGUUUGUGCCUGAUGUCCCUCGGAAAGUGAACAACGAAAUUCUGAAAAGCAAGUUCAAGAGAGUCCAGGAGAAGAUGAGGCAAAAGCUGCAGUGUGGGGUGGCGAGCCCCCCGCCUGCCUCCAGCUCCUGCCUGAGGAGCACACCUGUGUAG